AUGGGCAACAACAUUUCGUACCAGCAAACGCCGGUUGAGCUUAGCAUAGGCGACAAGGGCAGGAUUCGCGGCCUUCAAUUCGACGACAAGUCCCGCCGAUUCACGGGCGUCCCCUAUGCGCUUCCUCCGACCGGCGAGCACAGAUGGCGCAAGCCUCGACCACUGCCGGCCUCAUAUUCAUAUAGUGAUGGUAGUGGAGGUGCCUACGAUGCGACGAAGUUCAAAAGUAUUUGUCCUCAGAAGGCUUUCCACGUCGGAAAAGCCGAUGGCCAGGGUGCUACACACAGCGAAGACUGCCUCUUUGUUAAUAUCUGGACUCCGGUGCGCAAGGAUGGCGAAGAGAAGGAAAAGGAGAAGAAGUGGCCGGUGAAGCUUUGGAUCCACGGCGGCUGGUUUCAGAUGGGAGAUCCGUCUCAGGAGCCUGGCAUGGAUGCGACGGAGCUCAUCACCACGGGCGGACUCAAUGCAAUCGUCGUGGCCAUCGGAUACCGGCUGAACGUCUUUGGCUUCCUUGCUGGCGAGGACCUCCUCCGCGAAAGCGACGGCGAGGCCGGCGGAAACUUUGGUCUGUGGGAUCAGCGGGUUGCGGCCGAGUGGGUUCGGGAUAACAUUUCGUACUUUGGUGGUGACCCUGAGAAUAUCACCCUCGCUGGUCGCAGCGCUGGUGCGUACAGUGCCGAAGCACAGAUGUUGUACGAUUUCCGUAAACCUCGGGACACAUCCUCCCUUUAUCGUCGAAUCUUCAUGGUUUCCAACGCGAUCCCCGCGCAGCCCAAGUCCUUGGCAGAUGUUCGGGGCCAAUUCGACGAGCUCUGCGAAUAUUUCCAGAUUCAAACAAGCCUACCAGGUCCGGAGAAGCUCUCGGCCUUGCGCGGGGUUAGCUCAGAUGAUCUCGUCAAGGCAAUUCCUCAUUUGAAGAACCACACUUUCCGGCCCGUUACGGACGACAUCUUUGUGCAUUCAGGAAUGAUUGAAUAUCUGCAAAGCAAGGACUUCGCCGACGAGUUCAAGAUCAGAGGAUACAAGAUUUUGAUUGGUGAAGUGCGCAACGAGGAAACGUUAUACUCGUCGUACAAUGCCCCGACUGAGCCAGUCGUGGACGCCCUUAAACUGCAGGUUUCGAAUUACUAUGCCCCCCAAGUAACCGACCGAGUCAUCCAAGAGUACAAGUUGCCGGAGUCGGACAAGUUAGAAGAUUGGCAAAGGACCUUCGGAAACAUUGUGUCCGACGGCCAAGUGCGCGCGCCGUCUCGAGCUUUGGUCAAAGCAUUAGUUGGCAAUGGCGUCGAACUGCAAGACGUAUGGAGAUAUCACAUUGCAUAUCGUUUGUCUUUCAUCGAUCAAGACGUGGCCCCGGCCUCUUUCGGUGUUGCGCAUGCGAUGGACAGGCCUAUUUGGAACUUUGCGAUCUGCCACGGACCAACGCCCGCUGAGAGACAGCUGAUGGAGGAUUGGAUCCAGAUGUUGACUGCUUUUGUGCACGAUGACAAUAGGUACAGAUUUGGCACGACUUCAAUUGAUCAAAUGAAGGUUAUGACUCCAGAGGGAAAGAUUGAGAUUCGGUCAGACGAAAGAUGGGAGGAGCUGGUGAAGCUGGGAAGCAUCUUUGCGGGUAAUUAG